GAGCAGAGGGCAGAGCUGGGUAGCUGUUCCAUCCCACAGCCUUUCUCUCUGAUAUAAUCAGACAUUUUCAUUUUUCUUUUUUGCAUGUGUCAGAGCUAUACUUAAUUUGUUUUUGGAGCUGAACUGGAAAUGCUUACAUGGGGACUCUCUUGCCAUGGAACAUUACCAAGUUGCAGGAAGUUUUCUUCCCUCUCACAGGAUGAGAUCUUUGGGUAUACUUCGAAAGACUGUCUGCACAUCCCAGACUUCCACCAGAGGCCUGUAACUUUAAUCCAUGGCUUCAUUAUUGCUUUAAAGGACAAUCCAGCACCCACAGCUAUUUAAAUCCACUUGCACUUUAUUUUCCCCUCUGAUUCGGAGGAAGGAAUUCAACAUGCGGCGCAUCGACAAGCUGAAAAAAGCAUUCCCCUUCAUGGCACACUUCCAUGUGUAUCGAAAACUGGGCAGUGGCAUGCAGUGUGAGGAAGGAACAGAAUGGCUGCUGGAGCUGCUGAUGGAGGUGCAGCUGCAGCAGUACUUCAAGAGGAUCCGAGAUGACCUCAACGUCACACGGCUCUCGCACUUUGACUACGUCAAGAAUGAAGACUUGGAGAAAAUCGGCAUGGGUCGACCUGGCCAAAGACGUCUGUGGGAGGCUGUAAAAAGGAGGAAAGCCAAGCGGAAAACCUGGAUGAGCAAGGUGUUCAGUGGGAAGCGACCAGACGGAGAAUUCCCUCAGCAGGGCCAGCUGGCCUCUUCGUUCCGCAAACUGUCCCUCACGCCUCCCCUCUGUCUGAGCGACGUGGUGCUGGACAAUCAGUCGGAAGUCAGCGGCGGUCCGCUCAACGGGCAGCAGCAGGCCCUGACCUGCCUCAUCCCGGAGAAGGACCUGACGCUCUUUGAGAAGCUUGGGGAUGGCUCAUUUGGCGUUGUGAAGAGAGGGGAGUGGCUGACGCCUACAGGGAAAGCGCUUAACGUGGCUGUAAAAUGUCUAAAGACGGAUGUCCUCAGUCAGCCUGAUGCUCUGGAGGAUUUCAUCUGCGAGGUCAACGCCAUGCACUCCCUGGACCACCAGAACCUCAUCCGUCUCUACGGUGUGGUUCUCACACAUCCAAUGAAGAUGGUGACUGAGCUGGCUCCUUUGGGUUCUCUGCUGGAUCGUCUGCGAUGUGUUCAUCCAAAAGGCCCGGUGCUGAUUCACACUCUGUGUCAGUAUGCUAUUCAGGUAGCGAGCGGCAUGGCUUACCUGGAGCAGAGACGGUUCAUCCACAGGGACCUGGCUGCGAGGAACAUCCUGCUCGCUGCAGCUAACAAAGUGAAAAUCGGGGACUUUGGCCUGAUGAGGGCGCUGCCUAACAACGAUGAGCACUACGUCAUGCAGGAGCAUCGCAAGGUUCCCUUUGCGUGGUGUGCUCCAGAGAGUCUGAAGACCAGAACGUUCUCUCACGCUACAGAUGCAUGGAUGUUUGGAGUCACUCUUUGGGAGAUGUUCACGCAUGGCCAGGAGCCGUGGCUGGGCCUUAAUGGCAGCCAGAUUCUCCAUAAAAUUGAUAAAGAAGGCGAAAGGCUUCAGAAGCCAGAAGACUGUCCACAGGACAUCUAUAAUGUUAUGCUGCAGUGCUGGGCUCAGAAACCAGGAGACAGACCCACUUUUGUCACCCUGCGGGAGUUCCUACUUGAGACCAUGCCCACUGACAUGUGCGCUCUACAGGACUUUGAUGAACUUGACAAACUUCACAUCAAAGUCAAUGAUGUCAUCACCAUCAUAGAGGGGAGGGCUGAGAACUACUGGUGGCGAGGACAGAACAAGCGUACCCUUAAGGUGGGGCAGUUCCCUAGGAACGUGGUGACGUCCGUCGCGGGGUUGUCAGCGCAUGACAUCAGCAGACCUCUGAAGAACAGCUUCAUCCACACAGGUCAUGGAGACACAAACCCUCAGCGCUGCUGGGGCUUCCCUGAUAGGAUUGAUGACUUAUACCUUGGGAAUCCCAUGGAUCCUCCUGACGUCCUGGGAUUGGACCUCAGUGCUGCUCGGCCCACUCAGCUGCCCGGACCAACUAAAAAGGAGCCGCCCCCCCGCCCUCCCCAGCCAACAGUGUUAAUCAAGAAACCCUGCUAUGAUCCGGUAACUGAAGAGGAGGACUCCACAUCAGCAGCGCUUAGGAGAUUAUCACUGAGGAAAACUGGCUCACUCAAAGGUCUCAAGCUAAAACCAGCUGCUUGGGUCUCUGCAAACAAGCAGAGUGGCAGGACCACGAGCUCAGGCCACACUCCAAGCAGCGAUGUGUCCCUCAUUGACUUUGGGGAGCAUUUCUCAGCCUCACCCUCCCCUUCACCUGUUGUUGAAAAUCACAAUCCUGUGCUGGCUAAGCUAAUGUUGCAAGCGGGCAACAUCUUGGACAAAACCCCGCCUGAAAGUCCGUCUAAAUGGCUGCCACGGCCACUUCACCCCACGCCUGUGGUAGACUGGGACGCCCGUCCCCUACCACCACCUCCUGCCUAUGAUGAUGUAGCUCAAGAUGAAGAUGACAUGGAGGUGAGCUCCAUCAACAGCUUUGAGCAACAAUCUGAAUAUGAGCAGACGGCUGUCCAGGGAGUCCAAGGAACCAACUCUUCAGAAUUAAUUGAAAGGGAAGUUCUCAUCUUGGAUGGAACAGAAAGACCAGUCCUGGAGGACAACCUUUUCCUUCCCGGCAAGCAUGGCCACACUGCCUCCCCAUCCUUCUCCCAAUCUGCAGAGAUCUUCCAAGAACUCCAGCAGGAGUGCAUGAGGAAGCUCAACGUCCCGGUGGGGGGUGUUGGUCAGCUGUCCCAAAUAUCAGCCUUCUUUCCUCAGACUACUCGGAGCUCCCAGGAAGACCGCCAGAGCGAGGACAGACCUCAGAUCCCCCCACGCGUUCCAAUCCCCCCUCGCCCAAUAAAAAGGGGCGAUUAUACAUCUGCUCGCUGGUCGAGGGACCUGUCUGUUUCCCCGAUGCCAACCGAACCCACGCACAGUGUUUCAACCCUCGAACCACCGCCUCAGAUCCCACCCAGGGACCCUCUGUCACAACCGGGCUCCCGGACUCCAAGCCCAAACUGUGCCGUGGUGGGCUCCCUCCAGCAGAGGAUCUGCUCCGUCAGCCCCUCCACCCACCAGGCCUUACACUCCCCCUGUUCCACGGCACACACCUACAGCUCCUACCUCUCAACCUCUCCUGGUAAACUCAUGCCUACCACACACAGCUUUGCCUCAGACCCCAAAUACGCUGCCCCCAAAGUGAUCCAAGCCCAGAGUAAGGACAAUGCUAGUAGGGGUCCUUGCAUCCUGCCCAUCGUCCGUGACGGGCAGAAAGUCAGUAGCACGCACUAUUACCUCCUGCCAGAGAGGCCGCCUUACCUCGACCGCUUUGAGCGGUUCUUCAAAGAGGCUGAGACCGUCCCCGCUGCCGCUCCUGAGGACAGGCACCUGCGGCAAGCGAACAUGGCAACUGUGAGACCGAUGGUGGUCACAAACCAGACAGUUCAGGGGCAAGGGCUCGUCCUGCCGGGCGAACUGAAGGCUAAUUUCUUCUGCCAUAAUAACGGCACACCGCGAUCAGGGAUGAAGACAUCAGUUAGUCUCCCUCGCGUGUCUUCAGACGUUUUGACAGGUCCAGUGGUCAACUCUCCCUGCAGCAGGACAGAGGAAGGAGGGAACUCUCUGGACAGAGUCCAAAGGGUGCAGGAGGCUGUUCACGGCGUGACGAUAGCAGAGUGUCAAACGGCCCUGCAGAACAACAACUGGGAUAUCCAGAAAGCUGUGAAUUAUUUGAAGGUGGAGCAGUUGUUCUGUUUGGGUCUGAGGAGCAGGUCCGAGUGCCUAAAGCUGCUGGAGAUGUGCGACUGGAACCUGGAGGAGGCCUGCACUCAGAUUUUACAAGAUUAUGGAUCCAAAACUAGACAAAGAUGAUGACAGGAAUCUGAUGGGAGUGAGCUUCGAUUGGACUUUCAUGGUGAGCAAAUCAGCAUCAGAUGAGAGGAUUUUCUCUCAGCCCCCCCAAUCAGAAGAAUUCGGAGUCAAGAGCAGAAGAGGACAGCACAAACAGCUGAACCUAAUAUGAUCAUAUUGGUCAUAACCAAGGACCCCGUGAUGGAAAACAAAAGAAAAGUCUUUUUGUCGUGGUUUGACUUUCAUGUGAAGGUUAUGUAAUCGUUGCACUUAGUUACAGAGACCUUGUAUCUGACCGUCUGGCAGACAGGGAGAAAAUGACUGAAAGAAAGAUGCCAUUCUGAACUAAAAUGAUUUGCUCAAAAAAAAAAAAAAGUAAAGAAAAAUGGUGGAAUAAUGUUCUCAGAGCGCAGAGUCAGCACAAAGUCCUGCACCGUGCAAUGUGCAUACAUUUCAUCAAAGGUGAGCAUCAUCUGCUGGCAGCUGGAUCACCACAUCUACGGAGUUGUUUUGAAAAAAGCACAAUAAACCAAGUGUUUAAUUGGCUGGUGUGGCAGUAUUGUAGGGGAAAUAUCUAAUUUAGUCUGUUUUUAAGUGGGGAAAAGAUGUUUUUGAGAGUUAUGUGCUGCUAAAAGUUAAGAAAGAUUGCAGUUACAAAGAGAGGAAACCUCAGAAGCAAGGCAAUCCUAAUGCAAUGCUUCGCUCUCUGUGCUUAGAAACACAAAUGAAACCAGGCUUACAGGAAAUAAUGACUAACUAAAA